GCGGAAGCGUUGCCUCUUGGACUGUGGACAGUGGCCGUGGCUGCGGCCGCCGCGUCUGCGUGCGUGGCAUUCUACUCCUUCGCCUCGCCGGGGUCUCGGCGCUGAGAGACAGCGGCCGGCGGGAUGCAAAAAAGUAGGAUGAACCUGCCCAAGGGGCCUGACACGCUCUGCUUCGACAAGGAUGAGUUCAUGAAGGAAGAUUUCGAUGUUGAUCAUUUUGUGUCUGACUGUAGGAAACGGGUCCAGUUGGAAGAACUUAGAGAUGAUCUUGAACUCUACUAUAAACUUCUUAAGACUGCCAUGGUUGAACUCAUCAACAAGGAUUAUGCAGAUUUUGUCAACCUUUCCACAAACUUGAGUCUUAGAUCAUCUGUGAGUGAAGGAAUUCGGGCAGUAGAUGAACGCCUGUCUAAACAAGAAGACAUUAGGAAGAAGAAGAUGUGUGUGUUAAGGCUUAUACAAGUUAUUCGAUCAGUUGAGAAAAUUGAAAAAAUCUUAAAUUCUCAAAGUUCUAAAGAAACAUCUGCACUAGAAGCAAGCAGCCCACUUUUGACUGGACAGAUUUUGGAGCGAAUUGCCACAGAAUUUAACCAGUUACAGUUUCAUGCUGUUCAGAGCAAAGGCAUGCCUCUUCUGGACAAAGUAAGACCACGUAUAGCUGGCAUUACAGCCAUGUUACAACAAUCCCUGGAAGGCCUCCUAUUAGAAGGCCUUCAGACUUCCAACGUUGAUAUAAUACGGCACUGCUUGCGGACUUACGCAACAAUCGACAAGACACGUGAUGCAGAGGCAUUAGUCGGUCAAGUACUAGUGAAGCCAUAUAUAGAUGAGGUGAUUAUGGAACAGUUUGUUCAGUCUCAUCCAAAUGGCCUUCAGAUCAUGUAUGAUAAACUUCUGGAUUUUGUUCCUCACCACUGCCGCCUUCUUCGAGAAGUCACAGGAGGAGCCAUCUCAAGUGAGAAAAGCAAUACUGUUCCUGGAUAUGACUUUUUGGUGAAUUCUGUCUGGCCAGAAAUAGUACGAGGAUUAGAAGAAAAAUUGCCAUCGCUUUUUAAUCCUGGGAACCCUGAUGCAUUUCAUGAGAAGUACACCAUAAGUAUGGAUUUUGUAAGAAGAUUUGAAGUGCAGUGUGGGUCGCAGGCCAGUGUGAAAAGAUUAAGGUCGCAUCCUGCCUAUCACAGUUUCAAUAAUAAGUGGAACUUGCCUGUUUAUUUUCAAAUAAGAUUUAGAGAAAUAGCGGGAUCCUUAGAAGCAGCACUUACAGACAUACUGGAAGACGCUCCAGCUGGAAGUUCGUAUUGCCUUUUGGCUUCUCACAGAACGUGGAGCAGCCUUAGAAAGUGUUGGUCAGAUGAGAUGUUUUUACCAUUGCUAGUGCACCGCCUGUGGAAGCUCACACUUCAGAUCUUAGCCCGGUACUCCAUGUUUGUCAAUGAGCUUUUACUCAGGCCCAUCUCUAAUGAGAGUGCCAAAGAUAUUAAAAAACCUUUGGUAACUGGUAGCAAAGACCCUUCCAUCAUCCAAGGAACUAAUGAUGAUCAAGGAAAUGGUCCUUCCGAAACAAAGCCUGUGGUUUUCAUCUCCAGCACUCACCUUGUGUAUGUGGUUGCAGACCUGGACAAGCUUCAGGAGCAGCUUCCAGAACUCUUGGAAACAAUCAAACCAAAACUUGAAAUGAUUGGCUUUAAGAAUUUUGCUUCUAUCUCAGCAGCCCUUGAGGACUCCCAGCUUUCUUUGUCAGCCUGUAUGCCUUCCUUGAGUAACAAGAUCAUCCAAGAUUUAAGCGAUUCUUGUUUCAGUUACCUGAAAAGUGCCCUGGAAGUUCCGAGGCUUUACCGAAGAACCAAUAAGGAGGUCCCAACUAAAGCUUCCUCCUAUGUGGACAGUGCUUUGAAGCCAUUUUACCAGCUUCAGAGUGAACACAAGGAUAAGCUCAAACAAGCAAUAAUUCAACAGUGGUUAGAAGGAGCACUUUCUGAGAGCACUCAUAAGUACUACGAAACUGUGUCAGACGUACUGAACUCCGUGAAGAAAAUGGAGGAAAGCCUGAAAAGGCUGAAACAAGCCAGGAAAACCACCUCAGCCAGCCCCAUUGGCUCCAGUGGCGGCAUGAGUGAUGACGACAAGAUCAGGCUACAGUUGGCCUUAGAUGUUGAGUACUUAGGAGAGCAGAUACAAAAGAUGGGCCUGCAAACAAGCAACAUAAAAAGCUUUCCGGCUCUCAUAGAGCUUGUUGUUGCAGCCAAGGACCAGGCAACAGCAGAGCAGCCUUAAGCAUCUUGGAAGACGCUGAGGGAGAGAAAGUUGGACUUCUGGCCCUGUGGGAAGAAAGUGACUCUGUUCUCUUACUCGUCUAUGUAGCAAAGAAGUGCUUCCAGCGUAUCUCCAGCAACAUGUCAAUGCAUCUUCUCUCAGCAUAGCUGGGUCUUCUUUCACCCAAAAAGAAGAACACAAAGCCUUUUUCCAUUGUAUGGAAGAUAGUUUUUAAGACAUUUGAAACUUUCUACUAGAGUUUACAGAGCAAAUUAUUUUAUUUUUAUUGUAAAUCUUAGCGUGGAAGAGCUGAUUUCUAAAAUAUGAUUAAAGUAAAAAUGACUAUAAAAAGUUGUCUCCCUAGCCUUCAGGUCGAAGAGACGACUGCAGUGAGUUACCAUAGCGUACUGUAUGGAAGCGCUCUUCUCUGAAAUGACAAGAACCGUCAAUGUAUUGACUUUCUAAGAGAGUUUAUGAAGUGGGGGUCCCCGUCAACACUGGUGUUUAAGGACAGUGCUUCUGAUCAUGCUCAUUCUGCACACCUGUGUCAGGAGCUGCGACAGUAGGAAAAAUUAUAUUUCCUGAAUAAAAAGUGUCUGCCAAGAGUGUGUGCACCUCUCAUUUGCCAAUUCAGCACAAGUUAGAUACCCCUCAUCACUUGUGCCUUCUAAAGACAGGUAUUUCCCUACAGGAAGAUGCCUCUUUUUAGCACCUAAUGAAGGGUCCUGCGCAUUACAGUCCCACAGUGGGAGCUCUGCUCCAUGAGAGAAGAAUCAAUGCACCUUACCAUGGAAGUCCCUAGGUACCGCCCUUUCUGCAAGCUGCUCAUGGAUAUAGGGUGGAAAAACGUCCUAAUAAGAAAUAGUGGAGAGAGGCACUAAAAGGUUUUAGUUGGCUCGUUCACUCACACUUCUUUUCCUUUUGUGGAGCAUCGUGCUUAUUGGAGCUUGCGCUUAGCUGUAGUUUCUACCCAGACAGCAGUGGUCCCUUCAGUUUGAUGAUUAUAUGAAGGCAGGCAUUUUUAUUACUCUACCUUCACAUUUCUUUGCUUCUCAACCUCCUAUUCUUUGUUCAGCGGUUAACUAUGAAGAGAAAAAGGAAAAGAAGAAACAAAUGGUAGGGAAUGAAGGAAGCAGAUUCAGUAAUCAAUUUAUUUCUAGAAUCACAUGGUCCACAAAGUUACCAGGUAGAACUAUUGCUUUCCCUUCUCCUCCUACCUCCCCAGUAUUUCCCCAGUGCCAUCCAUAAACUGUGACUGUGGGCGGGCACACACCAAAAGGGCAGAGGGGAGCGCCACACAGUCUAAACAAAGCAUCUGGUGCAACUGCAACUUACUGUAUAGGAAUUUAUUUUUAAUGCUUGUUUGAUUUGACUACUUGCUAUAGUAUAUGCCACGUUUGCCGUUUUGUUAGAUACUGGUAACUCUCAAAAAUGAUGUUCCAGAACCCCAGCCAGCCAGCAUGUUGCCUGAUGAUGAGAAAGGGGCCCAGGACAACUUGAGCCCAGCAUUGCAGCAGGUUUCCCUACAGAAAUUGUGCUGAGCACACUACUGAUUUGUGUUGUGUUUACAAGUAUAAAACUAUAGAGAAGAAAGCUGCUGGUACCUCAUGUCCAUGUCUUGAGUUUAUUUCAACUCUGACUUGUUCCUAAGCAAAUUAAACUUCAGAGUUGUUAUUUGGCACACUUUGAAUUCUUCCUUGCAAGUGGUCAAGUUUUUCUUUGCUGCGUUUUAAAGGAGUGAUAUUAUAAUAAUACCUAGCUCUUGGUCUAGGCCACAUCAGAAUAACCUGCCCCAAAUGUUUAUUCAUUCCUCUUCAGAAGGAGGCCUUGUAGCCUAGAGCAGUGGAGGGAAUGAGCUCUGCCCAUUUAGUUCUCUGUUACAUAAAUUUUGGAGGAAGCAAAAAGAUGGUGUAGUUGUGCUCAGUACAAUUCUGAAGGGAAACGCAAAGACUUUAAAUACCCUCAUUUCUGUUCAAAUCAGGUUUUGCUGCAAAAUGAGUAACCAAAAUUUUCUGUUUUCUAAACUUGAGUGACAAAUUUGGGAUCUAAAUUUCCUUGGUGGGCCAUAGGAAGUAUUCCCCUGGCAAAGUGAUUUUAGUUGCUAAAUAAUUGCCUUGUCUAAGGCAUAAGCGCUUUCAACCCCUGGAAGAUGUAGACUUCAGUGAAGAAAUACUUAAAAGAGUUGAAACCGUAGGAUUAAUACUUUUACGCUAAGUAAUCUGAGAAAGUUGGGUAUUUUGUGUCUUUGUAAGGUUUGAGAGAUCUGUUCUGACCUAACUUCCCAUUUAUAAGUGUGCACAUAGAAAAAAAAAAGCUGGAGACCAGCAGUCUGUUGGCAACACUGUGCUCCUAGCAACUGCCAGAAGCUGAAGCAGCCUGCUAAGUAGAAGAAAUGGGUUAGUCUCUUGCCAGUUGCAUUUUAAAAUAAAGUUAAAAACACAAAUGUUCUGUUCCCCUAGCUGUCACUGGGCGACAACAUCCCUGUUUACAUCUUAGGAUGGCAUCUCUGCUGAUGGCAGGAGUCAGCGAGGGGCCGCUUGAGCUGGCUUCCUGCUGGACUCGCAGUGUCCAGCACAAAGCCCAGCACCCUGCUGGCACUUCU